AUGUCCUACUCUAUCUUCGACAGCCUGCCUGGCCACGGCCCCGAAACCCUUGCCCUCUGCGCAAGCGGUGUGAGCAAGGAGCUCUCGGACGUCAAGGUCGGGGACGUGUUGUGUGGCCCGGAUUGCCGCCCUCGUCUUGUCCUCAAGAUCGCCCGAGGCCCCGCAACAAUGACAUGCCUCAACAUGAAGAGCGCUGCCGACCGUCUCCUUGCGACAGAGAACACGAUGGCGAGUUGUGCCGUCAACAAUACGACCGUCGCGCCUGUCGCGCAGAUUUACGGUCGCGGCAGCGUGGCGGCCCGUGCGUCCUUGGAGCGGAUCGUUGGCGGUCCUCUUCCCGACCCCCUCGUCCUCUCGGACAACGACAAGCGAAAGCAAACCGUUGUCCACCGCCUCAAGGUUCCUUCGGCGCCUCGCUUCGCCUGGAAGCCUCAGGAUGCGACGUCGUUCAUCGUCCGCCACCAGACCAAGGGUGCGCUGAAGCUCGAGGUAUUCUCGUUCAAGACCACUGGCCUGCGCGCCACCUCCACCGCCACCCAUGCCUUCGAGAGUCGCGCCGAGGCCUUCUCCGCCGCCAAGGCUUUUGUGACGAGCAAGCGCACGCGCACGGUCGACAACCUCGCCGACCGCUACGAGGAGAUGCAGGUCGACUACCACCAGCACUCUUCCCUCGUUGUGGACGACCGGAUUCCGGGUAUCUACCUGAAUCGUAACGGCCGCACCGCGCCCUUCCUCGCCGUCGUCUACCAGCCUGCCUCCGGCCCCAAGAGGCAACAAUUCUUCCACUUCAACGGCGACAUCGCUGUUGAGAAGGAGGGUGAGGGCUUGGACAACGAGGAGGACGAGGAGGACGAGAAGGACGAGGAAGAGGAAGAGGGUGUCGACAACAACGACGCCACCGAGGCCGCAGCUCCGUCGCCGAAGGGUGCCACCUUUGAGAUGUCACGUCUCCGCGACGUGCUCUCCCUUUCGGCGGCGGGUCGCAAGAAGCGUCUUCUCCACCGGGCCGUGCCUGUGGAGUUCCCCUCCCAGCCCCUCCCCAUCGACCCCACAUUCCUGGGAGCGUGGCUGUCCGAUGUCGGCGUUGGCGCCAAGGCGCACGAGGAGUCGACUGUUGUCGACUGGCUCAAAAAGAAGGCCGAAUACCUCGACCACUCCUUGGUGUACCGCCAAGCCACAUCGACGGCCGUCACGACGCGCCCCCCGCAUUCCACCAUUCGCGCGGCGCGUCUCGAGGCGGGCCUCUUCAUCCACACCAGCCAGGACACCUACACCUGGUCUGAAGAGGCCCCCUCCGAUAAUGAGCUCGACGCUGGCACUGCCGCCGACGACCACGAUCUCGACGUCAUGGACGACGACGACAAGAACAACGACCACGACGAAGACAACGUGAUGGACCUGGACGACCCUCCUCCCCACAAUGAUGGUCCAGAGCACCAGGGUGGCGAUGGCCCCGACCACGACAACGACAACGACGAGCGCCCCGACGCCGACGAGGCGACAGAAGAGUCCCCUGGCCGCAACCCAGCGGUUAGCGGUGACGUCCAGCCUAUGGACUUCGAUGGAGGCGGUGAGGAGGAAGAAGAGCAGGCGGAGGAAAUCGACCCAGACUACCACUCAUUCUUCCCCCUCGCCGUGCCCAAGAUGCCGGCCGACUUGUCCUCCAACGGCGCUCUCAAGGGCAAGGGUGCAUGGUACGGCCAGGUCACCGACGAGGAAGCCGAAUUCCUCGCAUCCAACCUCCUCCUCAUCGCCCCCGACAGCUCCCAGGACAGCCCUUCAGCUUCCGAACAGCUGUGGUCGGCCCUCGGAGUCCUCGGUGCUGCCCCGACCGAGGCUCGCGACGACCCGGCCAGCAGGCGGCUCCCAAGCGUGUACAUGUACAACACGUUUGGUGCCCGUCUCGACCUGCUGGCCGGCAUUGUCAGCGCGCGGAGCAACUUGAAGCCCGGCUCCAGGAGUAUCUGUGUCCAGCUGCCCAUCAAGUUGACGAAGCUCAUGGACGACUCCUCGUCCUCGCCCUCUCUCUCGGUCUCCGAUAUGCUCUAUGGUGUUGCUGUCGUCCUCACCAGCACCUGGGUUGCCCGUGCUCUGCGCACCCCUGUUGGCCUGGGCUUCACCUCGACGGCCUCUGAUUGUGGUGAAGCGGUGGCACUCUCGAUCUCGGGUGACGGCAAGUUCAUCCGCGAGGAUGGCCUUGUCCUUUGCGGCCAGCAGGACUUGUCGGACGACGAGUUUCCUGGCGUCCGCGGCCUUCUUGUGUGUCUGGGAAGCAAGAAGGGCGAGAUGGCUUCCAACGAAUUUCGUGCAGCUGUGGUGAGCGUUACUCCGUUGCUGUAG